GCCCCCCGAGAGUCCACGCAGCGCGCGGGAAAGAGACCAAUAUAAACUGUGGCGGGAGAUUCGUUUUCCGGUUCUUGUCGGGUGAAACACCCUCGGCUGGAAUAUUCAGUUGGUUUCUCUCAUCUCCUCGUGUCUGAACAUGGUGCGAACUAAAGCAGACAGUGUCCCAGGCACCUACAGAAAAGUGGUGGCUUCUCGAGCUCCAAGGAAGGUGCUUGGUUCCUCCACCGCUGCCACUAAUUCCAGGUCGCCUUCAUCGAGGAAAGAGUAUGUCCUUUGCCACCAGAUGACACAGAUGAUGAAAAAGAAUAAAACUUUCUUAUUCAUCCUUGACUGUUUCCUAUUUACUCUGUUAUUGUAGGAUGUAAAUUUGCGUAAAUGUAUUUGUUCCAAUUAGCUUUGUUGAAUAGGCACUUAAUUUAAAUGAGGGUUACGUAUAGUUCUUCAAAAGCAAGUAGUUACGGUACUGGAAAGUUUGUAAGAUUAAUAAUGGUUACUUACCUUAGUAUUCAAUAUAAUGUAGCAUUUGGUUUCUUUUACCUGUUAUUGAGCUUCUUGUUCUUGCUAAAAACAAAUCAUUGUGUGGUGCUCUUAAUUACAAAUCUGCUGUGUUUGAAAUUUGCUUAGAUCUUUGUACUACUGCAGUUUUUAUUGGCAUUAGAUUUUUGGAAUGGUGCCAUAUUUUUGUUCCUUUUAUUUGCUUUAAAAAGCAGAUAGAUUUCUGCACAUAUUAAUUAAACUGAACCUACAUCCCUUUAAAGAAUGGGGACCAAAGAUGCAAUGUUGAAAAAAUUUGGAUUCCUGUCUUAGAAAAAUGUAAGGCAAGGCUUUAAAUGCUUGAUAAAGCUUCUAACAACAACAAAAAUAAAAUACUAGCAUCAAGUCAGGCAGAAGGAUUUCAUAGACUACAUAAAAAGAGGAAUUUUCAUAGACUAUGAAUUUGGUUUAGUAACAUAAAAUAUUAUCCUCUGGGCCAAUACAUUUAGAAUUGGAAAUCAAUAAAACAUGAAAGGCAAAUCAUGCCAUAAAUUCAGAGCUAUGUCUACAGUUUUUAGAGCUACCAUUAUAUUUUUAAAAGAUAAUCAGGGGUAUAAUUAAAGAGGGGUUUAAUAUUACUUAGUAAUAGUAAUUCUUGUUUCCUCAUACUUUUUGCUCACUGACAUUUUUUGUCAAUAAUAACCAUGUUUUAACAGGCAUUUAUUUUGAAGUUUGUUUUUAAUAAACGAUACUUAUUUUCACA